UCUUCCAUCUGAGAAGAGACAAUCAGUGCUCCCAUAGGCUGUGCAGAUGGUUUCGUCAAGUCAUGGGUGGACUGGUGAGUGUCAAGGACAGGAUGGGACAGCACAGGGGGAUGAGCCUCCCUCAGCUUGGGGACAGCUACUGCGCUGCUGAGCUGCAGCACGCUCAUCCCCUGCAUCUCACUUGCGUGAUUACAGGAGGAAGUGGAGGUCUCGGUAGAAGAGGACGAGGAGGAGCAUGAGAAAGAGGAGUGGAAAGAUGCCAGCAACAAAAGGCAUCAGGAAGAGACUACAACAGAAGACAUCUGCCCAGCUGCAGAGAAAGAGGAGCACCUCACACCUCUCACUGCAGUAGCACAAGAGGAGGAGGCACCAGCACCACUGCCCCCUGACUUUGAUGAGCAGGAGUCAGAAGCAGAGGAACAGAAAAAGGCAUUUGCCCUGCUCAGCCCCACUGCCAGUGAGCUGGUGCUCCAGGAAACAGCCAGGCGCGUAGCGAGCGACGUCCUGCGCAAGGCUAUGGCUGUCAUCCAGGAAAUGGAUGAGCAGCCUCAGGAACAGGGGGACACCGACAAAAGCCGUGUGGAUGUGACAGUGCCAGCAAGGAGGCCUGCAGCAGUUCAGGGCACUGAGUCUCCCGUGCCUACACAGCUUCAGGCAAAAGCCAGCAAAGAACAUCUCCUAACAGUGGCAUGUGAGGGUGAAGAAGACGUGGCAUCUCCCAUGGCUGGAGACCAACAGGAAGAGGCCAGCAAAGCCACUGUCUCCCCCGCAGCAGGCGAGAGGAAAGGCACAGCUUCACUGACAGAGAUCCCUGGGGCAGAGGCUGUGACACCGCACCUUACCCCAGGGACAGACACAGGAGAUGCCACCGCUUUUCCCUUGGAUCACGUCUCACAGCACCUGGUGACCGAGGACUUUGUGACUGUCACCACCGACCCUGAGGCGCAGGAGGCAGGUGCCUCCCAGUCGCUGAGUCUGGCAGGGAGAUUCGUGGUGCUCCCCAUAACAGGGCUCGUCAAGGAGCAGGUGAGUGCCAAGGACAGGAUGGCACAGCACAGGGGGAUGAGCCUCCCUCAGCUUGGGGACCAGCUGCUGCGCUGCUGAGCUGCAGCACGCUCAUCCCCUGCAUCUCACUUGCGUGAUUACAGGAGAAAAUGGGGGUCUCGGUCGAGGAGGAGAAGCAGGAGCAUGAGAAAGAGGAGUGGAAAGAUGCCAGCAACAAAAGGCAUCAGGAAGAGACUACAGCAGUAGACAUCUGCCCAGCUGCAGAGAAAGAGGAGCACCUCGCACCUCUCACUGCAGUAGCACAAGAGGAGGAGGCACCAGCACCACUGCCCCCUGACUUUGACGAGCAGGAGUCAGAAGACGAGGAAUACAAAAAGGCAUUUGCCCUGCUCGGCCCCACUGCCGCUGAGCUGGUGAUCCAUAAAGCAGCCAGGCGCGUAGCGAGCGACAUCGUGUGCAAGGCUAUGGCUGUCAUCCAGGAAAUGGAUGAGCAGCCCCAGGAACAGGGGGACACCGACAAAAGCCGUGUGGAUGUGACAGUGCCAGCAAGGAGGCCUGCAGCAGUUCGGGGCACUGAGUCUCCCGUGCCUACACAGCUUCAGCUCUUGCAGGUCACCCCCACGCGUUCUCAGGAGGGGUCCCAUGGCUUUGAUGAGCAGGAGCCAGGCACCUCCGCCCCCCCGGACAAAGGAGCAUCCCAACAGCCACGACCAUCUCGCUUCAGAAGGGCGCUGAAGACUCUGCGCAGGGCUUUCCGCUGCUCCUGCAUCAGAGCACGAGUGGACGAGUAG